UUUUUUUUUUUUGUGUGACCAUUUUCAGGUUUUUUAUUUUUCAUUAUUUCAGUAUAUACAUGAAAAAUAUAUUGAAGAGAUCCGAAACCAGUCAUUAAUGGUACUGGAAGAUGAGGAGGGCAGAGCUUGUGUUCAUCCCUACCCCUGCAGUGGGUCACCUCGUAUCCAUUAUCGAGUUUGCAAAUCUUUUACUUGGUCGGGAUGAUCGUUUCUCAAUCACUCUUCUCGUCAUAAACCCACCAUUUGCAGCAGCCACCUUCGAUGCGUACAUUCAAUCAAUUGCUGCCUCCCACACCCGCAUAAAAUGUAUUCAUCUUCCUCUAGUAGACCCUCCUCCACAAGAGCUUUUCCGUAGCUCCGUUGAAAAAUAUGUCGCCGAUUUCAUUGACAGCCACAAAGCUCAUGUCAAAGAAGCUAUCACCAGCAGCGUGUUAUCCGAUUCGAUUCCGCUUGCCGGGUUGGUGGUGGAUAUGUUUUGCACCGCCAUGAUUGAUGUGGGGCAUGAGCUCGGUGUCCCAUCUUAUGUGUUCUUCACUAAUAAUGCAGCCUGUCUUGGCUUCUCGCUCUACCUUCUGACCCGGCACGACCAGGUCGGUAUCGAGUUUAGUGAGUCGCAUCCCGAGUCGGUCAUACCGAGUUACAUCAACCCGGUUCCUUCUAGUGUUUUGCCUUCAUUUGUGUUCCACAAACAAGGGUACAUCUCCAUGGUAAACCAAGGUAGAAAGUUGAAAGAGGCCAAAGGUAUUAUCGUCAAUACGUUCCAUGAGCUGGAAUCCCAUGCGUUCAGAUCGUUUUUGGAUGAUGGAAUACCUCCCGUUUAUGCAGUUGGGCCGUUGAUUAACCUCAAGGGUCAGACAAAUUCAGAGGCAAAUCAGGCGGAACAUGAUAAGAUCAGGAAGUGGCUCGACGAUCAGCCUCCAUCAUCUGUGGUGUUCUUAUGCUUUGGGAGCAUGGGGAGCUUUGGUGCGCCGCAGUUGAAAGAGACCGCACUUGCACUCGAGCGGAGUGGGCACCGGUUCCUCUGGUCCGUACGAUUGGCAUCACCCCCAGGUAAUGAUAAGAUUGCCACACCGUCCGAUUGCCAGAAUCUCGAGGAGGUCUUGCCGGCAGGAUUCUUGGAAAGGACUAGAGAAAUCGGAUUGAUAUGUGGGUGGGCCCCGCAAGUGGAGGUCCUAGCCCACAAAGCGAUCGGAGGGUUCGUAUCGCAUUGUGGGUGGAACUCGAUCUUGGAGAGCUUGUGGCACGGUGUACCUAUUGCUGCGUGGCCGAUUUACGCAGAGCAGAAGAUCAACACCUUCCAGAUGGUUAGGGAUUUGGGUUUAGCAGUGGAGCUGAAAUUGGAUUGUAGGCGCAGCGAUGAGCUUGUGGUGGCUGAGGAGAUUGAAAAGGCGGUCAAGUGUUUGAUGGAUGGUGAGAGUGAUGUGAGGAAGAGGGUCAAAGAGAUGAGUGGAAAGAGUAGGAAGGCUGUGGUGAACGGUGGAUCUUCAUUUGCUUCCCUUGGACUGUUGAUUGAGACUAUGCUGGGAAACGAUUUUGCCCAAACGGAGUAGUGAAAAUUGAUGCACAUUUUCAGUAGAGAAAUCUUACAUGCAUUUUUUAGUGCUUACUAUUUUAUGAAUGAGUAAAAAUUAUCAUUAUAUUUGAAUUU